GUAUCAAUCUCUCUCUAUAACCAGGCGUGUCACUCCGUCGUGUAUGGAUUACCAUUAAAAUGGCCGUGCUUAACCAGACGACACAACUAUAAUUUGUUUUAUUAUGUGCUUAAUACCCCAAUUUUAGUGAUUUAAUUAAGUUAUAGUUAUUAAAAUAUCCAUGCAGUGAUAAUUACAUCAUUCUCUUCAGUGUAUGCUUUAUAAAUAAAUAGUUAAUAUCUAAGUUUUAAUGAUAUAUCUAAUGUGAAUAUUAAACGGUACACUCACUAGAUAAGAAUAAGGAAAAUUCAAUUAUUUUAUAGAAUGGAUUCUUCAAGUAUCGACAUUAAAUUGAAGAAAACAUCGACAUUUAUCUGAAUAAUAUUGUCGAUUUAAAGUGUCAAGAUGCGGGAGGUGUUAAACGUGAUCCCUUGGAGGCUACCAGGGAUCUAAAAUAAUUAAAUAUAAAAUUAUUUAAGGACAAAAAACAAGAAUAAGAGAAAUAACUAAAAAACAUUUUUUUUAUAUUUAUUUUUUUUUUUAAUUCAUACUUUCACUUGAAUUUUUUUAAGUAAAAAAAAAUAACAAAAAAUGUCUUUUCUAUCAAAUCUGAAAAAAGCAUUCCACUUCGGUGGAAAUGAUGCUAAAAAGAAAAAGCUGUAUAAUAACAUAAAAAUGGAUUGUGACCCUUCUGAAUUUUGGGACAUGAUUGGAGAACUCGGAGACGGUGCUUUUGGUAAAGUUUACAAGGCGCAACAUAAACAGACGCAACAGCUGGCUGCUGCAAAAAUGUGUGCACUAGAAGGCGAAGACGAUUUGAGUGAUUUUAUGAUAGAAAUCGAUAUUUUAUCGGAGUGUAAACAUCCCAAUGUUGUUGAAUUACACGAAGCCUAUUUUAUCGAUGGAAAAUUAUGGAUGUUAAUUGAGUACUGCGAUGGCGGUGCUGUUGAUUCGAUAAUGGUUGAAUUAGAAAAACCAUUGACUGAGCCCCAAGUAUCCUAUGUAUGUCAACAAAUGACCAAAGGCCUUACUUUUUUACAUAAAUCGAAAAUAAUUCAUCGAGAUUUAAAAGCUGGAAAUGUUCUAUUGACUAUGGCUGGUGGUGUUAAAAUAGCUGACUUUGGUGUAUCCGCAAAGAAUAAACACACGCUGCAGAAACAUGAUACUUUUAUUGGUACGCCUUAUUGGAUGGCUCCGGAAGUUGUUUUAUGUGAAACAUUUCGUGAUAAUCCUUAUGACUUCAAAGUCGACAUUUGGUCACUUGGAAUAACACUUAUAGAAUUUGCUCAAAUGGAACCGCCAAAUCAUGAAAUGUCACCAAUGCGAGUACUUUUAAAAAUUCAAAAAAGCGAUCCACCAAAGCUGGAGCAGCCCGGAAAAUGGAGUAAAGAGUUCAAUGAUUUUAUUGCUAAAGCAUUGAUAAAAGAUCCUCAGACACGACCAACAGCAGAUGAACUUCUCAAGCAUCCAUUUAUUAAUCGCACACUUGAUUCAAAGCCCAUUCGGGACCUACUAUUAGAGUAUAAAGCUGAUGUUGUUGAAGAAGAGCUUGUCGAUGAGGAAGCUGAAAAGGCUAAGAAGGCAAAAAAACACAGAGAACAAUAUCAACGGAUUGGCGGCUCUCCCGGGCCUCACCAGCCCCAUCAUUCAAACUCUUGUCUUCAGGAGCAACGCACGUCGCAGUUACCUCUGGAGUUGGACCAACUCGGAGAUGAUUCAACGUCGAUGCGCAGCGACACUGAAGUUAAACUUGUUGAAAGGGAGAAUCUUGUGUCGCCGGAAUCACCGAAGAAAGAAGAAAGCAACAAACGUGAGAUUAAUCGUGAGGGUGAAAAAGAAGAAAAGAAUAAAAAACUUCGUAAAGCAGAAUCUAAAGAGAAUAUUGCUUCGUCUGUUGACAAAAAAACUGCACCAAAACCUCCAGCAUCGUGUGAAUUAAGUGAACGUCGUUCGUCUCGCGAUAAAGGACCAGCACCAGCUCCACCAGCAGUGCGACAAAAUAACAAAAGCGAAGACACCGAAUGCGCUGCUAAAGUUCCCGAAAAGUCGAGUCCUGGGGAAGCGAAUGAGCGUUCAUGUUCACUUGAUGAUAAUAAGGACCAAGAAAAACCUAAACCCGUAGAAAAUAAUUUGAAUAUUUCCGCAGUGUCUUCAGUAGCGUCAGUAGAUAAAAAGAUGACAGAUGAGGUUGAAGAUGCAGCUGAAACGAGUGUCAAGAAAAAUGACUGUAAGGAUGAUAUUAAAGAGAAAAUUGAAUCGGUUCUUAAGACUGAGGAGAGUUCAGAAACAUUAUUUACUCCGAAACAAGAUUCUACUGAAGAAUCAAAUAGAGCUCAAGAAAGUCAUAAACCCGAAAAACAACGACCUAGCACUAAAAACUUGGAAGCAAAGCGACGAUCAGUGGAAGAAAAACUGACAGCAGUUUUAGAAAAGCGUAUUUCAAUGGUAUCAGACAAGUACCAACCUCCAAUCGUAAUCGACAAAAAUUCAAAAGCUAGUUCUGUAGAAAACAUAAAAACAGAUUAUGAGCAGCCUCCAAAGGGUGAAUUAACAAAGAGCCGUAGUAUUGAUUCAUCAAGAUUAGAUUCUUCGGACAGUAAAUUCGCUCCUGAAUUCCCGAGUCCAUUUUCUCAUGACCGUGAUUUAUCAACAGUCGACAGUUCUAAUCGCGACUCAAAUCUGAAUGUUUCCGUAAUAACGUCAACUCCAAACCGCAAUGUCGGCAACCGGAGCACAUCGAGAAGAGACAGCGGUGACGUAGUAGUUAUAACAGGAAAAUCUCUAGACGUGGACGUUCGAUCACCAUCAUCGACCACUGUCCGGAUAACAUCUGAAUCUCCAGACUUGUCUAAUAGCUUAGCAUCUAACAUAAGUCAAGUCACUGUUGUAACGACUCACCCUCCGGUUUUGAUAGACGCAACGUCGACGCCUCCUCUGCGACCUCCGUCAUCAGAAGUGGUGAUUGUCGCUAAUGAAACAAACAAAACUCAAGUAAACGAAAGCUCAACCGACGACGAUGGCUUUACAAGCCUGGAUUCACUGGAAUAUACGCCCCAAGAACAGCCGAUUGUUGUAACUGAAGUGUCCAAGCAAAUUGGAAAAAAAUUGGAUGAAUCCGAGGUGGUAAUUGUUAGCCCCAUUGUCGAUGAACUCCAAGAUACUAGUCACGUAUCUGUGGUGACUGUCGGCGAUGAAAAAGAGCAGGUUAAAGACUCAUCGAUUGUUGGCUCGAAAAACAUCAUUAAAUCUGGACCAGCUUACGGUACCACCGUGGAGUCUUCGGAUGUUGAUGAAGUUAAUGGUAAUUUGAAGAAGAUGAAUGGAAUUACCAACAAACCAAAAGAAUUGAAAACAAAACGAAUCUCAUCGGAGUGUUACGACGGCUCGAGGUCUCACAGUGACUCGAGUUCUACCCGGUCUCAUACUCCAAACAAAAGUAUCGAUCGCUCGGAUGCUGAGUCUAUUUCAACGACAAUUAGUCAAGACAGUCGUGGGUCUAAUAAAGAAAAUCACACAGAAUCUCGUCAAUCGGAAGAAGUUGACACUGUUGUUCUGAGACGUAAACCUGAGUAUACUCGAGAGGUAACACGUACUAGAACGAAAGAAGAUAUACAGUUGAUGAAUUUGAAGAAGAAAACGAGAAAGAGAACGCGUAAAUUUGAAAUUGACGGUAUUGUUGUCACAACAACAACUUCUAAAGUUAUUUAUGGUGACGACGAAAAUGGACGCGUGUAUGACGACCAAAUAUUCCGUAAGCAGGAAUUGAGAGAACUUAAAAUGCUGCAAAAAAUGGAACAAAAACAGUUCCAAGAUUUGACGCAAAAAGCUCAGUUUACAAAAGACCAACAGGAAAGAAAAUUCGAACAAGAGAGACAGAUGUUGGAGCGUAACGCGGAUACUGAUUUGGAAAGCUUGGCUAAAAAUCAGCGGCAACAAAUUGAACGGGCUGAGGCUCAGCAGGAGGCGGAUCUACGUUUAUCUUCUAGGAAAAUACGCAGUGAACAAGAUCGGGAAUUGAAGCAAUUCCGUGAGGGGUUGAAGCAAGAGCUGAGACUUUUAAAACAAGAGGUUGAUUUAAUGCCAAAGGAAAAACGAAAGAAUGCAUUCAAAGCUAAAAAAGAAAAACUAGAAGCCGAGCAUGAAGAGAGAGAAAAAAUUUAUGUUGAAAAAUUGCAUGAAAGUCAUGAUAGUACAUUAAGAAGAUUAUCUGAUUCUCAUCGCGAAAAAAUAGCGUUAAUGGAACGGCAAUUUUUACAACAAAAGCAACAACUUAUGCGCACUCGUGAGUCUGCUAUUUGGGAGUUGGAAGAACGGCAAAUUCAUGAAAAACAACAAUUGUUGAAAAAACAACUUAAAGAUAUAUUUUUUUUACAACGACAUCAAAUGCUUAUAAGGCACGAUAAAGAGUUGGAACAGAUGAAACGAAUGAAUUUAAGGAAAGAAGAAGAAUUGAUUAAACGUCAAACGGUUGAGCGCAGAAAUUUACCCAAGAGAAUUCGUAAUGAAAUGAAAGCACGGGAAAUGAUGUUCAGAGAAUCUAUGAGAAUUUCUAUUUCAACUACACUCACACCAGAUCCAGAUGCCGAGCGAGAGAAACUUAAAAAAUUUCAAGAAAAUGAGAAAAAACGGUAUCGCGCUGAACAGCAGAGAUUUGAGCUUAAGCACGCGAGGCAGUUGGAAGAAAUGCGAGCCCAAAGUGAUGCUACUAUUAAAGAGCUUGAACAGUUGCAAAAUGAGAAAAGGAAGAUGCUGAUGGAGCAUGAAACAAUGAAACUUAAAGAGCAGGAGGAAACUUAUACUAAAGAGCUCAGGGAGUGGAAAGCUCUGUUGAAACCUCGAAAGCAGAAUUUAGAGGCGGAACUGGCAAGUGAAAUAGAAGCAUGGGAGUUACGUUACAAAGAUUACCUAUCGUCGUGGCAUUCCCGCAUUUCUCUUGAUACUCUUACACAGAGAACGAUGUCAACAACAGACAUCUGGAAACUGUCCCCAAAACUUACACGCUCCUCUCCUAAUUCACCUACUCCUAUCAGUAUCCCAAGAGUAACACUUAGAAAUGGCUCAGAAACUAAUUCCAUUGCUGGAACACUAUCCAGACCUUCUAGUGUUGUCUUCCCGCCAUCUCGCAAAUAAUCCUUAUCUAUUAUAUGGCUUAUUGUAUCCUGUGUAUUAAUAUUAUCUGCUUUUUUCCUUUUUGCUUAUUUUAUUUGUUGUGCUUUAUAAAUUUAUUUUAUUGUUGAAUAUUUAAACACACAUAUAUGUAUAGAUAAUUAUUAUUAGUAUUAAGUCAUUUUAUGAUCAAUGUCUCGCAAAAAAUGGGUUUUUGUUCAUUUAGAUUUUGUUAGAAAAAUCGCUUGUGGAUUAGAGGGGAAUAUUGCAAUUUAGUUUAUUUAAUUUAAAGCAGAAAAAAAUUAUAUGUAAUAGUUAUCAUGCUUUUUUUUUUGUGUUUUUGUCUUGGGAAAAUAUUC